UAAACCGUCCGACGCGAACGAUUGCGCGCGCUAUUGCCAUUACGCCCGUCGUGUCUGUUCCGCGCGCGCACUCGCGCAAACGUUCUACUCGCUCUGUGGUGCCGCGCGCUUGUGCUGACCGAAACUCUCGCGCGUUCGCGAUCGCAGCCGGAACGCGUGUACGCAAUUCCUGCACACAUUCGCACCACCAUUCGUGUGUGUGUGUGGGGAAGGAAGGGGUUUUGUGAGCGGGUUUUGUUGCGCACGCGCACACAUUCGCAACCCGCAGGCGGUUCAGUGUUGCGACUACGCUUCUCCUGGCAGCUUUGCAAUUAUCCUUGCCGUCUGGGCCUCUGACAAACGUUUGCGGCGGCGUUCGACACUAUUUCCGCGUGUGUUUGUGUGUGUGUGUGUGUUUGUGUGAGUGUGAGUAUUAGAGGGCAAGGAUCCGUGGACCCUGAGCAGGAUCGCAGGUCGGUCGGUCGGUGUGCCAACUUCCGCAGUAGUCAUUCACUUUCGUUUGUUUUGUGUGCGUCAGUGACAGUGUAAAUUCAAGCAAAUUCCCCGCAAAAUCCUCAGUCUCGGGGAGCUUUUGAUGAGAGCGUAUUGCAGGAAAAUCCCACGUGCAAAACCGUUCCUUCGCUUGGAAAUUCCGGGUAAUUUAGUACGUGACACAAACGGACGAAUACCUAAGCCAUUACCCAAGUAGAGUACUGGGAGCAAUCGGUCUAAAGGUGGAAUAACACCCUCUGAAGUCUGAAGGGGGAUAAAGUUCUGUUCUGGCAUCCGAGUAGGCGUUCGACGUGCACGCGGGCCCAUGGUGUCAGUUGUGGUUUUAUGUUUGCAUGGGAAGUGAAUGGGAAGUGAACAGCUCUAAAGUGAUGUCAUAUUGCUCCACCCGCUCUUGUUGUUGGUGAGCGAUCGAAAAGCAGCAUCGGAGGAAGAUCGACGGGGAAAUGGUAGUAUAAAUCGCGCCAGGUGUACAUCGAAACAGGAGCAGCAGCAGCAGACGACUUCCCUUUCAAGGACAAUAAGGAUCUGCGUUUUCGUUGAACAAAACAAACAGAAAAUAUGACAAAGUUACUGGAAGACGCUCGACAAACGGACCGAUCGGCACAGGAUGGAGCCGAUCCGGAUGCAGCCGGUUGCUGGACCAAGCUGCUCGACGAUACCAGUGCCACCCACAAGCAGCCCAUCAUCGUCGGACCGGCCGCCCGCCCAGACCCCGGCUCGGACAUUGUGAAGGAGCUGCUCGUGACGGUGGAUCCGGAGACGGGCAAAACGGGCCAGCAAGCGAUCGACGGUGCGGCAAACAAUGGCGAACAGCGGGUGGCGGGCGGUCGGCGCCGCGAAUCGAUCCUCGGAACAUUCCACCGCCAGCUGCGGAUGUCGCUGAAGGCGGUCAGUGAGACCCCGGGACCACUGACAAGGUACCGUCAAACACGGUACAGCUCCAGACGUAUUCGGAAGCGAGUAAUCUUCAAGCAGGGUGACUGCAAUGUAAUUCAAGGAAAUGUAGCAAAAAGACGUCGUCGUUAUUUACAGGACAUUUUUACCACUCUGGUCGAUAUUCAGUGGAGAUGGACGCUGUUUGUAUUUGCCUGCUCGUUCAUACUGAGCUGGUUAGGGUUCGCAGCUAUUUGGUACCUGAUCGCCCUGAGCCAUGGAGACAUUCAAGCGGUGGGCGAUGAAAGUCACAAACCGUGUGUAACGUACAUUUAUGGCUUCACGUCUGCCUUCCUGUUUUCGCUCGAGACACAGCAUACGAUAGGCUACGGCAAUCGGUACAUCACCGAGGAGUGUCCGGAAGGCAUCUUCAUUCUCGCCCUGCAAAGCAUUACCGGCGUCUUCAUCCAAGCAUUUAUGGUCGGCAUCGUGUUUGCAAAGUUGUCCCGGCCGAAAAAGCGUGCCCAAACGUUGCUAUUUUCCAAGAACGCUGUCAUCUGCCAUCGGGACGGUAUGCCAUGCCUGCUGUUUCGUGUUGGCGACAUGCGAAAGAGCCACAUUAUUGAAGCGCACGUGACGGCUCAAAUCAUUCGUCGGAAGGUCACAAAAGAGGGAGAAGUUCUUCCAUUUUACCAGCAAAACAUGGAGGUCAGCUGUGAUGGGGGCGACGAUCGGCUAAUGUUUAUUUGGCCGACGAUCGUGGUGCACAAGAUCGAUCGGGAUAGCCCACUGUACGGGUUGUCCGCUCAGGAUAUGCUGAAGGAACGUUUCGAGAUCGUUGUCAUGUUGGAGGGUGUGGUGGAAUCGACCGGUAUGACUACGCAAGCACGCAGCAGCUAUCUACCGUCCGAGAUUUUAUGGGGACAUCGUUUCGAGUCGGUGGUAACGUUCAAACGGGAAACAGGAGAAUAUGAGGUUGAUUACACGACGUUCAACAACACGUACGAAGUGGAUACUCCUCUGUGCAGUGCUCGUCAGCUGCGAGAAGUGAAAAAGGAAUUAAACAAACAGAAUGGAGUAACAGCAGAAGCGUCUUCUGAUACCGAUGAAUCCGACACAUCGUCGGUGGAAGUGUCGUCCCGCAAGAACUCGCUCAGCAACGGCUACCUUCGCUUCACGCCAGUGUACGCGAACACCAACGAGCAAACGAACGGUGCGGCCGGUGACACGAUGGCACUCCCGCCCGCCAUUAUCACAUCUGGUGGUGGCGCCCCGACGGUAUCACCCGGAAGCGAGCGCAAGAAGAACUUUCGCAAGCUGUCUAUCAAGGAGCCGUCGAUGGAUUCCCUCUGCUAGUACCAAAGUCGUCGCGUCAGAGCGGGUGUGCGCGAGUGCCACGGUGCCACAUCCUCCCGUUCAGUUCCGUCUGCCCGUUCGUCGUCCAGUGCCAGUGGUUGCAGAAACAAAAUCCAAUCGUGACACGAAUGAAAGAUCAACCGGCUAAUGGCGGUGUUAGUGUAGUGUAGCGCCGCAUCUACUACUAAGGGCCACGCCACACUUCCAGGGCCAGGAAUCUCAAACUACACGGUGAGCGCGGUACUGCUAGGACUGGGACACACUUCUUGCCAGGCCAGACGACACCGAGGAACGGAACCGGAGCGAUCGUAUCGCGUGUGCAUUAGUUUCUGUUCCAUUUAUCUUGCCCCUCUGUGCAAACGAUCGGACGGCACCGUGACAGCCGGGUGCUGUUAUCGGGCAGAGUUUGAUUUUAUCUUUUACCAACUUUCCAGUUUUAUUUUUGUGUUUUUAAGUAAGUUUAUGUUAGCAAACAAGUGAAUAAUGUGCGUAUGAUGCGCUGUGCUGGAGAAAGAAUAGUGAAAAUGUGUGGGCAAUGAAAGAUAGAUAGCUAGUAAAUAAAUAAUAGGCCGAAAGCUAGGCCAUUAUUCUUAGUCGCGUUGUGGGUCACGAUCGAACCCCGAUCAAUCCAAUGAUUUGAGCCCGAUUGCGCGAAGGGUGCUUUAGCCAAUAUCUAAUAAAGAGAAAAACAAAACAA